AUGCCUGGAGGCAUUGAUGCCCAUGUCCACUUAUGCCAAGAUUUAAAGACCGGACCGCAUGGCCUUGGGGGAGAGUGCGCCGACAAUUUUGAAACAGGGUCCCUAAGUGCUAUUGCUGGUGGAACAACAACUAUUAUCACCUUUGCAACUCAAACUCGUGCGGAAGAGGACCGCAGUUUGCUCAAGGUAGUUGAAACAUACAAUUUUAUGGCUGAAGAAACAGGUUCCUAUGCAGAUUAUGGAUUCCAUAUUAUCAUCGUCCGGAAUGACCAGGAUAUUCUCAAAAAUGAGCUUCCAGUUCUGGUCAAAGACUGGGGGAUCAGUAGUUGCAAGCUCUUCCUGACCUACGAGACCCAGCGGCUGACCGACUCGCAACUGUUGGAUGUAAUGUUUGAAGCUAGGAAGAAUGCCAUAACUACGAUGAUACAUGCUGAGAAUGGUGAUAUGAUUCAGUGGCUCACAGGAAAGCUCGAGGAAAAAGGCAUGGUCGCGCCUUACUACCACGCUUUAUCACGACCCCCGAUUGUCGAAGGGGAAGCCACAACGCGAGCAAUCGCUCUUGCACAGCUGAUUCAAAACCCCAUUCUGUUUGUCCAUGUUGGAUCAGUACUCGGUGCAGCCAACGUCCGCCGAGCACAAACAAUGGGACUGCCUGUUUAUGCCGAAACAUGUCCUCAGUAUUUCCAUCUGACCUGGAAUGACCUAAAACGCUUUCAUUCGCCCACCUGUUUUGAAAAUAGCAAGAUGAUUUGCUCUCCACCACCACCACCGAGUACUUCGGAUCAUGAACAACUUUUUGUUGGCCUCUCAAAUGGUACAUUUACCAUCUACUCCUCCGAUCAUUGCCCAUUCCGUUAUGACCACCCCCACGGAAAGCCCUCGGGUGUCCUUGAACAUCCUGAGAGCAUGGAAGAUGAGACAACCAGCGAUGGCCAGGACCUGAAGAACUUAUUGGAGCGGAAGCAGGGUGCAUUCAAAUUCAUUCCAAAUGGGAUCCCUGGCGUGGAGACAAGACUGCCCUUGCUCUAUACCGGGGCGCUAGCAACUGGUCGCAUCAGUCCCCAGAGAUUUGUGGAGUUGACGUCCACCAACCCAGCAAAAUUGUAUGGACUAUAUCCCAAGAAAGGCGCGUUGAUGCCAGGAUCCGACGCAGAUUUUGUGAUUUGGCACCCGGAAAAAACUUUUACACCAUUCCGUCUACAUAACUCUAUGCUGCAUCAUAAUGUCGACUACACUCCCUAUGAAGGAAUGGAGUUCGUCAACUGGCCUCGGUAUACAAUUCUUCGGGGUAAGGUGAUGUGGGCAAACGGCAGGGUAGUGGGCAAGAGCUCCACGCGCAGUAAAGUCAACCGUAUUGAUAUCGAGAAGACAGAAGCUGAGAUAUUCAACAGAGUUAAUCAUCAUGAAGCCCGAAUUCGCGAACUAGAAAGAGGUUCUUUGCUAGGCGAGCCGGGUUUGCCGGACAAGAUGAAGAAUGGAACUACCAAACCAGAAAACAACAGCCUGAUCGCCGAGAGCCCGCAACAAUCAGUCUCGCCAAGCCAAACUGGCGCAUCUCGUACUCCUGGAUCAGCAGUGGAUGGCAUUGAUUUGGGCGCACCCAUUGCAACGCUUCGAUCACUAGGCGCGCUGGCAACGGACGAAUCAAAAACUGAAUAUGAGCCGACUUUCUUGGCGAAGCCAAGAUUUGUCAACACUUUUGAUCCCAUAUCCCAGGGCCUGCUUUCAGUACACGAGUCGCAACGUGCGAUUGAUAUAUUCUUCCAACACUGUCAUCCUUCAGCCCCCGUGCUUGACGAAGACAUUUGUUACUCGUGGAAUGAACCGGAUCGCCACUCCCCAACCUUGAUUCUGGCGAUAUGCUCAGUUGGAACACGAUUUUGGAAUAAUCACAUUCGACAAAGAGCAUCAAGGGAUGCUAGUCAUCCGAGCUUCAACAAUCUCACACACUUGCUCGAUAAGGCAGUCUCCAGACUGCUUCUCCGGCCUACCCCGUCAGAUGUGACCCUGGACUCUAUCAGGGUGCUUCUUCUCUAUGCUCAGUGGAUGCCUUCCGCUCGAGAGGAUGAAGAUGACCUUGACAGCGGUGAGAAUUUGUCUCGCUCACCCAGUAGUCGAUACAACGAGAUCAGUGCUUGGGCUGUUCUGGGGCUAGCGUUACGAUAUGCCACUCUGCUGGGUCUCGAGCGGUCAGCUAUAGAACCAUUUCGUGAGAACACCAAGAAUCCUUCCAACUACGACGUGAGUCGGCUGCGAGUAUGGUAUAAUCUACUUACCUGCAACUUCAAUUUAAUGCUCACCUCAGGUCUUCCUGCGUCGGUUGAUCCGGCCUUGUCGGUACAGGUUGCCCAGAGCUUCAGCUCACACAGCAAGACACAGUACCCCGGGGACGUUCGGGUGACUGCACUUGUGGAGCUCGUGGGUCUCCAGAAGUUGAACAAGGAAUUGGAUUCAUGGGAGAGAACCUGGUUUCCUAUCUUGCGAAACACCGAAUCUCAACAUAACCAACUUCCGUUCAACUCUCUUCGAUGGUAUCGACUUUCCUUAAACAGCGCCUCUCUUGCACCAUUACUCUCUGCCGCAUCACAACCGCCGGAAGACUCAAUACAGGUCACACUCCGCCACCCACUAGAAAUUAGCGUGACAGCAUCAGCACAAAUGAUACUGUCCUUAUCAACCUACGGGGCAGACUAUGUCUGGCGACUGGAUUCACAGAGUCCCUCAAGCUUCCCGGAUGGCCCUUUACAUGCCGAUCCCGGGUCCAUCGGUCGACUUUACUAUGCUGUGGACUCAACCUGGAUUUCAUAUACGUUUGCAGCGACAUUCUUAGUUAUUUGCUACAUGAGAGGCAUUAUUGAUGAAAACCUUCAGAUAUUCCUCCAUACUGAAAGCCUCCACACCAACACCACGCGCCUUCCCUCAUCUUCCUGUGCGAUUUUGACCAGACUCCUCCAUCUUGUCCUGGAGAUAUUCGAUGGUGUCUGUCCGACCGCGGCUUUCCAUUUCGCUCGUGACUUUCAAGGCAUUGUUCGCUAUGCCACUUCUCUUGUCAUUGUAUCUGACCACGACAAUACCCAGACUACCGAAGAAGUGAACGAGCUGGCAUUCCAGUCUCUUCUGGAAUUCAUGAAUGAUUCCGGCGUGGACUGGGCAGGAAGCCUUCUCGGCGAAACAGGCGACUUCACCGAAUGGAACAUGAACUGA